GUCAGUCGUCACCUCCAAAUCAAAGAAAGACCAAUUCCUUCGUUUUUGCAGAAGAGUCAGACGCAAAACUCCAAGCCGGCUGUCCAAUUACCUCUCAUAACCUUAAAACUCACACACAGUUUGCAGAAGCCAAUCUCUUGGGAAGCACAGCUAAGCUAUGGAGAUCGGUCUCUUGUCCUUCUUCGUCUUCCUCAUCGUAGUUUCGGCAUCGAUCAGGACUUCGGUGUCCCAGUCCACUACCUGCAACGGGAUACUUGUUACUUACAACUACACGGGCGGAAGGGAGGUCACACCCACCGACCCCGCCAACCAGCCCUACAGGUUUGAGUCCACUUUGACCGUGCAGAACAACGGCCUCGAUGAGCUCAAGUCAUGGCAGGUCUUCAUCGGGUUCCAGCAUGAUGAGAUCCUGGUGUCUGCCGAUACGGCUAUACUGGCAGAUGGGACCUCCCUGCCAGCAAGGGUCGGGAAUGGGACAACUCUGGCAGGCUUCCCGGACGGCGACCUUGAGACAGCAGUGGAGACGGCAGGGGAUCUGAACCACAUGCAGGCCGUGGUCCAGUUAGUCGGGACGCAGUUCAAAGUCACGCCGCCUAAUAUCCCGUUGCCGGCGAAUAUAACAUUAAUGAAUGAGGGCUAUUCGUGCCCUAACAACUACACCAUGCAAGGGAAUACCACGAUGGAGAUAUGCUGUAAUCGGAGUUCAAGCUUGGGUUCGAACCCGACAAGUAACAAGUUUCUACCUCGCCAGAAGGGCGACCUCAUUAUCAUGUACGAUGUGACGAGAGUGUAUGAUACGAACUACUUCGCUCAAGUCACGAUCUCGAACCAUAACCCCCUAGGCCGACUUGAGAACUGGAUGUUAAGCUGGGAGUGGGCUCGAGACGAGUUCAUCUAUUCGAUGAAAGGGGCAUAUCCUUACGUGGUCGACACGUCCGAGUGUGUCUUUGGCGAGCAGGGCAAGUACUACAAGGAACUUGACUUCUCCCAGGCCAUGAACUGUGAGAGGAACCCUGCGAUUGUGGACCUGCCCCUGGAAAAGGCGAAUGACACAAACCUCGGGCUGGUUCCAUCCUGCUGCAGGAAUGGGACUCUCCUGCCACCAUCAAUGGACCUUGAAAAGUCGGUCUCGGCUUUUCAGAUGCAGGUGUUCAAGAUGCCACCAGACCUCAAUCGGUCCGAGAUUGUACCGCCCCACAGCUGGAGAAUCAAUGGGACGAUGAGUAGCACUUACGAGUGCGGGAGCCCAGUUCCUGUGAGCCCCAGCCAGUUCCCGAGCUCGCUUGGCCUGCCCUCAAAGACCUCAGCAAUUUCGAGCUGGCAAGUUGUCUGCAACAUCACAAGACCACAACCGCCUCCAAAGUGUUGUGUUUCUUUCUCAGCAUUCUACAAUGAUUCGGUCAUCCCUUGCAACACCUGUGCUUGUGGGUGCGCAAACGUACCGAGCAACACCUGCAGUGCCUCAGCACCAGCCCUUCUCCUGGAGCCACCGACACUCCUCCUCCCAUCUGAGAACCGGACUGAGAAGGCCCUGGCAUGGGCUGAGCUGAAGCGCCGGCCGGUGCCCGACCCCCUGCCCUGUUGGGAUAACUGCGGUGUCAGCAUCAACUGGCACCUGCUCUCGGAUUACAGGAACGGCUGGACAGCCAGGCUCACGAUCUUCAACUGGGGUGACACCCCAUUUCCUGACUGGUACACCGCCGUGCAGCUCGACCAGGCUGGACCAGGCUUUGAGGAGGCCUACUCAUUCAACGGAAGCCUCCUCUCUUCCCAAAACAACACAAUUUUCAUGAAGGGCCUCUCCGGGCAGGCUUACAUCCUCGCAGAGACGGACGGGAAGAACCCGAAGAAAGAUCCCCGGAUCCCAGGGACACAACAGUCUGUGAUCCUCUUCACGAAGAAGACGACUCCGAACAUCAACAUAGUCCAUGGAGAUGGGUUCCCGACGAAGGUAACAUUCAACGGUGAGGAAUGUGCAAUUCCCACAAUCCUCCCUUCUAACAUUGGAUACAAGAUGAGGUCUGCUGGUGGAUUCAGCAUUUUUCUUUCCAUCAUGCUCAUCUUCUUGUCGUAAUAAUUGCAUUUGUAUGAUUGAUAUAUUUUUUUUAAUUACUGGUAAAGGGCAUUGGUUUAUUCGA